CAGCGCCGUCAAUCAGGUGUGGCCGCACGGCGGUGAAGAGGCGUUGUGACCGGAGAGGCGAGCACCGUCCCAGCAGGCUCCACCGAGGCGAAACCAGCGUCCACAGCCAGCUUGGAAACAUGACCCACCGUCCGAGAUCCAAACCCACAAGCUGACCAAACACCUUUUCGUCCUCUGCUGAACUGAAGUGAGAGUCCCCUUUGUGCCUAAAAAGAGGGAAUGAAUGAUUUUUUUCUCCAGCCACCAGAAAAAGCCAACAUGAAAUAAAGGAAUCAAACCGAGGAUUCUGAAGAGGAAAAGUGAAACACCAAUUUUCUGCAGAUUUUUUAAAGGGAUGUAGCAUUGAUUGGAUUUACGAUUGGUGUGAAAACAUAAAAAUCCGUCUGUCAUGGAGACCUGAAGAUGUUUUAGUUGCUGUUCCCUGCAUCCCAGGAGCUGGUGCGGACACGAACUGGAAAUCCCCUGCAGUAGGGUGGAACUAGAACUAAGGUGGAAACAUGCAGUUGGUUGUGGAUUUUGAGCAUGAAUCAUAAGCACUGAGCUCCCUAAACAUGCUGAACGUUCUUCCUGGUGCUGCAGUUUCACUUCUGAACCAACGGGGUGAAGUGAACUUCUGAAGUGAAACUGUGGUGCAAAGCCUAACAAAGUUCAACAGAUUCAACUGGAAAUGAGGCAAUCAGGCAGCAGGAUGAUGUUCUGUGACAAACUGUAGAGCGGCUGUGAGCGAGAGACACUCGGAGGUGGGCGUGAACACAAACCGCAUGAGCUCUUGGAAAAACGGACGACCACCUCCUAUGAAACUGGUUUUACUGGGAGAGUCAAACAGAGGCCAUUUAGAUGGCAGGAAAAGACUACAAUCACCUGUUCAAGCUGCUCAUCAUUGGAGAUUCCAAUGUGGGGAAAAGCAGCCUCCUGCUUCGGUUUGCAGACAACUCCUUCUCUGGCAGCUACAUCACCACCAUUGGGGUGGACUUUAAGAUCCGAACGGUGGACAUGGAGGGGGAGCGGGUGAAGCUGCAGAUCUGGGACACGGCUGGUCAGGAGAGAUUCAGAACCAUCACCUCAACGUACUACAGGAACACACACGGAGUCAUCAUCGUUUACGACGUGACAAACCCCGACUCAUUUGUGAAUGUGAAGAGGUGGCUCAAUGAAAUCUCGGAGAACUGUGACAGUGUCUGCAAGAUCCUGGUUGGAAACAAGAACGAUGACCCCACCAAGAAAAAGGUGGAUUCCCAGGAUGCCAUGCGUUUUGGGGAGACUGUGGGUGUGCGAGUCUUCGAGACGAGUGCCAAAGAAAACAUAAAUGUAGAAGAGAUGUUCAUGGCCUUCACCCGCAUGGUUCUCCGGGCCAAGAAGCAAAGCCAGGACCGGGCCGAGAGGGAACGGGAGCGGGAGAAAGACACGGUCAACAUCAAUGCUCAUCGAGACCGCGACCGCAGGAAGAGAGGGAAGAAAUGCUGCUGAGAUCCCAAACUGCACUGGAUUGAUUAGGAUCACACGAGGGAUGUUCUGGAUCUCAGGAGUUCUGAAACAUGAGGGAAUUCCAGCACUGACCACACACAGCAGACUGGAGGAGUUAAAGGAUCAUUCUGGGGUUUUCAUGCUUACUGAACUCCUCCCAGGUUCUAGUGAAAGGUCUGAAGAUACAGAUGUUACUUACACACGGGUUCCCGGUAGCUCUCGUGGUAUCUGCUCAUGAGGAAACCUGAGAUUUUAGUGUUGGUGCAAAACUUCCAAGUUAUUAAAAAUCCAAACAGAAGCAGGCUUCGUUAAAGAACCCUGUGGAUAAUUGUUCUGGACUCUACGAGGUCCAGUUCCACUGAACACAGAUGUUCAGACCUUUAUAUAAAAUCUGCAUCGUUUUAACCCGACUUCAGAUUAAGCUGUGUGAAGUUUGGUCUCUGUUCAGAGGUUUGUUGCAGUGAAUACAAACUUAAAAGUACUUUCACCUAACCGGAAGCUUUUUGAUCCAUUUCUUAGGAAACCGAUCAGCGUGAAACUUCCUGGUGAGAUUAACUAGAGUAAUAAAACAACUUCCCCACGUCCAGGAGCAGCUGGAUUAUUGGGUUGUUUCCGGGUGACCGUUCUAAUGUUUGUGCUUUUGCCUCUGAGGUUUUGACAGAAACAUGUAAAGCCACCAGUUGUUCCUUUAACUUCACUCUAAGACCUGUUUGUUUUUCUAAUCCCAGAAUGACUAUUAAACUCCCAAGAGAAGCCUGUGAUACUAAAUCUGAAUGUUUAAAGGAGUUCAAACGUCAUGCUGUCUUAAUUCUGUCUAAAUGAGACCUUUAACUCAGACUAGUGAGCUCUAAAUGUUUAUUUAAACGUCUGUUUGAUUAAACGUGUUCCAAAUAAAGCAAUAGAUUAAAUGGUUGUUUCUCUGAGUGCAGAUGGAAAAUGCAUCUAAAUAUUCAAUAAAACGAUUUUUUAAGAUGUGCAA